AGGAAUCUUGAUCAUUAAGUGGGAGAGGUAGCCUAGUUUGUGUCUCUGCUCACCACUCUCUUUCUCUCAUGUUCUCAGACCCGUCCUGAUGCUGCAAGGCUCUACGGAAUACUGUUUUUGAACCGAAGACCAACGUUGAGGGGACCGAGAAAACUUUUUAUUGCAUUACAGUCUAGUGCGUAAGCAAGUUCCGUGCGGGCAGGGCACAGGUAGGCUAUCAGCACCGACCACCGACGCGGAUGGUCCCCCCAAGACGAGGAUAUGUACCAGGGUAUAACCAUGACAACCAACCACGGACCUCCGUCUUACGAGCACGGUUUUCUACACAAUACCGCGGCUACUUCACCGGUGUACGUGCCCACCACUAGGGUCACCCCCAUGAUCCCGACGCUUCCUUACCUCCAGACACACGGGACCUCUCAGCAGAAUAGCCCCGUGUCGAAUCAUUCGGCCUGGACGCAGCCUUGUGCUGAGAGUGUGCCGUCAUAUAACACUGCCAACGCUCACCAUUCUCCAGUGUCCUCACGCUUCACGUUCUCCACCAGUCCACCACUUUCCUCUGGGGUCGCCGCAGCGAGGGAAACGGCAACUUACUCAAGCCCUUUAAGUAUAUCCGCCAACGGGAGGGACCACUACGGGACACGCGGCCUCACCGGGUCUUACCACAGCCCUUACCCGGCCUACAUGGGCCCAAACAUGGGUGGGACGUGGGCCGCGUCACCCUUUGACAGCACCGUCCUACAUGGUCUUCAGACGGGGGGACCAAGUGCUGUCAGGCACGCCAACUUAGAGUUGUAUGAUGACUUUUCUGAGGGUCGUGAGUGUGUUAACUGUGGGGCUAUGUCCACCCCUCUGUGGAGGCGAGAUGGUACGGGCCACUACCUGUGUAACGCCUGUGGACUGUACCACAAGAUGAAUGGCAUUAACCGACCGCUCAUCAAGCCUCAGAGGCGACUGUCAGGAAGAUUUUAUGUUUGUCCGUGCUGUGUGCAGUCUGCAUCCAGGAGGGUGGGUCUGUCCUGCACCAACUGCCACACCACCACCACUACACUGUGGAGGCGCAACGCAGAGGGGGAGCCCGUCUGCAACGCCUGCGGUCUCUACAUGAAGCUGCAUGGGGUUCCUCGUCCCUUAGCUAUGAAGAAGGAGGGAAUCCAGACUCGCAAACGUAAACCCAAGAACCUCAACAAGACCCAGGCUGGAAGUGCAGCCUCUGGUGACCACACCCCGACCAGUACUCCUGUUGCCUCUAGUAACGCAGAGGAGACCAGACAGAUCAAGACAGAACCUGAGACACACAGCCUGUACUCACAUCCCAACACACACACCCAGGUGUCAGCCCUCCCUGCCUACAUCACCGCCCAAGGAGGGGCUCUCCCCCUCAAGAUGACCCCUGGGGGUCACGGAGGUGCAUCAGGCUCCAAGAGUGAACCCUGGAACAGCCUGGUCCUGGCCUAGAGGAAGGCAGCGCCCCCUACAGGUUCCAACAUAUCUCAGACCCCAUAUCCUCAAAAACAGACCCAGUAGCCCACAGUAGACCUGCAUGGCCUCCACCACAACGCAGGUCCAGAACUAGGGUCUCUAAAGGAAACGGAACCGAGAUCUGCAAAAAUAAUUGUGUAGUAAAAGGGUGACUGAAUGGAUGAAUACACCCAGAACUGCUGAUCAGCAUUGGUAGAGAUCUAUGCUCGAUACUCAAGUUUAAGGGUCAAUGGUAGCUGAAAAGCUACAGAAGCUCUAGCCAUGGUUGUCUCCAUUCUACAGCUCAAAGCAACCUUACAAUUGAAAAAGACUACUAUGCCAAAAACAAGAAGAAAACAAAUAUAUAUUUGUUCCUUUUUUUUAAUUAUUUCUAUAUACUGGUUUCUCUGUGUAAACAUUCUGUCAUUCUCUUGUUUCACAAGUUUUACAGUUUACCUGGUCAAUUUUCCCUUGAUGUCAAGCCAAGUAUGUUUUGCAACAUCACAUCAACAUGAUAGCAAGAUGGCAGACUGACAUAAUCUAUAGUUUUGGACUGUGAGUGCUAGAUGUGACUCCAGUUAAGAAAGUAUUGUCUUACAGUUUGUCAAGAGGAAUUCCCUUGAAGAACUACAGUCUAACAAACUCCCUGAAGAGAGUAUAUAGUAUGAAACAAGAUGAAUUACAUCGCUCCAUGUGCUAAAGCAAAACAAUUACAUAUACAAUUUUAAUUCUUCUUCUCUGUAUUUUUACAUUGCUCUGAGGCAGAACCAGCUACUUCUCCCUUAGUGAUACCUUGAGUAUUUUUUCUAAGAUACUCAGUACAAAAAACAUACACAAACAAUUUGAUGUCUCUAAGACUGCAAACUGUCUUGUGUUAAACUACCUAUAAGAAGCUGCUUGAGGUGAAUGUGAUUAGUUGUUUGUUUGGUUGAGUGGUUGAUAGCACAUUCACCUUCUAUUGAGCAAACGUUUAAAAUCAUCAAUUCUAAUGUGCUACAGUGUAAAUGUUGUUUUAGAUCAAUGUAAAAGUAUGAAGCCACACUUCCUGGUUGGAAAUAUACUGAAGAAGAAGAAAACAUCUUCAUGAAGAAGCCCUGUGCCUUUAUUCUAUAAAUGCUGUUCCUAUUGUUCAUGUGGCUGUUUUAGAAGAGACUUUACAUUCAAACAUCAGAUACUGUAAGAUCUUCACCUUCUUACAUUUCUUGUGAAAAGCCUAGGGAUUGUGUGGCAUGGGAUUAUGUGGCAAAUGGUCACAAACAUGUAAUUUACCAUUAUAAAUCUAUGAACAUUAUGUUAAAAUUCCACUCCAGUAUAAUUGUCUAACACAUAUUUGUGAAAUACUGUAAGUAACUUUUAACAACAUGUACACUGUUACAAAAAAGGGUUCCAAAUGGGUUCUCAGUUUGUCUCAGUGGAAAACUUGAAAAUGAACCCUUUUAGAAAAAUAAAGUUUAGUUUAACCUUUUUUCAAUGAAAAGGUUUGAUUCACUGUUUAACUCAGUGAUUUAACCAGGAUCCAGAAUGGGUCAUUCAAAGGUUCUUUCAAUAAGCCUGCCAUAUGGAUUACGGUAGAACCCAUUAUGGUUCUAGGUAGCAUCUUUUUUCUAAGAGUGUACCACUGAGACACAGUUGAGAUGGGCUUGUGUAUCUUGCUGAUGUCGACGUGCACUAACGCUGAACUUGAUACUGAACCUGUCCUCUCUGUGCACCUGUAGCUCUUUGAGAAUUGUAAUAAAGACAAGCAUAUAUUUUGA